AUGGUUCCGCCACCAACGGAGAAGUCGUUGUGGAGGGCGUGGCCGUACAUUGCCGUGUGGAUGGUGCUCAGCACCGCUCUGAUCUUCAUGAACAGCGACAUCCUCAACAACAGGAUGAAGUACCCAGCGCUCCUCACAGCCUGGCACAUGGCGGUAAGUUCCGUCUUGGUGCGGGUCUUGCACUACACGGCCCCAGCGCACCUGGGCCUCUUCAGCGAGGAGCAGCCAGAGGUAUCCUUGAACACGGUGCUGACGAAGCUGAUGCCUAUCGCGGCGCUCUUCUCCGCCGCGCUCGCCAUGGGGAACCGCGCGUACCUCUACUGCUCCAUCGCCUUCAUUCAGAUGGUGAAGGCAUCGCACGGGGUCACGACAUACCUGCUCAACACGUUGGUCGGGGCCGAGCUGUUCAUGUGGAGCAAGCUCCGGCUUGUCUCCUUGGUGUGUUUUGGAGUGAUGUUGGCCGUGACAGGCGAGCUCGAGUUCCACGUGGUCGGGUUCCUCUGCCAGUGCUUCUCGUCGGUCUCGGAGUGCACGCGGGUUGUCCUCAUCGGGUUGCUUCUCAACAAGAGCGGCCUGAAGAUGGACCCCUUGACCGCCCUCUCCUACUACGCCCCCAUGUGCCUGGUAUUUCUGGUGCCGUUUGCGAUGCUGACGGAGAUGCCGUCUGAUUGGAGCUCCUUCGCGGCGGAAUUCCGGGAGGAGGUAGGCUUCGGCUUACUCAUCUUGAACGGGCUGGUCGCCUUCGCUCUCAAUGUGUCGGUGGUGUUGCUCAUCAACGCUACUAGCCCAGUGCUUUACAUUCUGUGCGGCGUGAUGAAAGACAUUGUCAUAAUCUUGGGCUCCAUCCUGGCCUUGCACACGCCCGUGGCCCCACAGCAGAUCCUCGGCUACAUCGCAGCAGUGGUAGGCAUCCAGUUGUUCAACCUCGUGUCCAAGAAUCCCGACGUGUUCGAGGCCCACGGUCUCGUCCGCGGCGUCUGGGAAGUGGUGCAGCAAUGGAAGGACCCGAAGCCGGAGCUACCGCUGCUGCCCUUGCAGAAGAGCGACAAUGAGUCCCUGAUGUCGGGCAGCACCCAGGAGGGUGCGUCGGGCACGUCCGAGUCUCUCGAGUAG